CAGUAGCCAUAAUGCAAAGCGCGGGACAACAUUUUCUGGAUACUAUUGUGGAUACACCAACUGAGAUUUCUGGGACUUUUAUCAUGGAAUAUUACCCUAUUAAAUAGCCAAAAUGAGUGAAGCUGGGCCAAGAAAGCCCCCCCAGGACCAGUCGUCCGGGAGUGGGCGCACAGUUACAACAUCACGUCAACCAUACAUCACCGACCCGAUCGCCUCCAAGCACGUCUGCUUCUACAAAAGUGGCGACCCUCAGUUUAGCGGCCUGCGAAUGGUCAUAAACAACCGCACAUUUAAGACCUUUGAUGCCCUCCUGGACAGCUUGUCCAAAAAGGUUCCGCUGCCUUUCGGAGUGAGGAACAUCACCACCCCACAGGGGGUCCAUGCAGUGCACACCCUAGAUGAACUGGAGGACGGGAAGGCCUACAUCUGCUCUGACCAGCGGAAGGUCAAACCGAUCAACCUGGCGGUGGCCAGUAAGAAGCUGCCACCCUGGUACCAUGCCAGGCCCAUAAGUGCCCGGCGUCGGGCCUUGCAGCUGGCCAAACAGAACGCCGGCAGACCUGUGCGCAAAAACACCCCUGUGAUUGUGCACACCCCUAAGCGGCUGAUGGUGUUCCGGAACGGGGACCCCAGUGUCAAGCACAAUCUGAUGCUACAGAAGAGGACCACUCCCACCUUUGAAGCUCUGCUAGAUUAUGUGUCAGAGUUGAUGCAUUUUCCUGUGGUCAAACUACACACACCAGAUGGAAGAAGGGUGGAUGGGCUACCAGCUCUGAUAUUAUGCUCCGGGAUAGUAGUAGCUGCUGGACGGGAGGCCUUUAAACCUAGUAACUACAAGACACAGAAAUCCUCUCGUCCAACAUGGCUCCCUGCCAAACGAAUGGCCUCAAAAAGACUAAAGCGACCAGCAUCCCUGAAAAAGAAAUCUGUAUCCAGUGGCAAAUCAAGGCUUUUCUCCCCAUCGUCAGAGAGAUACUUCCUGAAUCAGAUAUACCACUCCAUUGCGGAAAGUCAGCGCAACCUCCCUAGUAUCAACACCGGAUCAGAGGAGCUGGGGGCUGCUCAUCUACUGGAGUCAGUUACCGAAACGGACGGCGACACCUACCAAGGAGAUGGAGAUGAAAGGGCAACUGACUGUAUGCCCAGUGAUGACGACAUUGAGAAGUCCUUUCGGGUGAACCAGGAUGGCAGCAUGACCGUGGAGAUGAAAGUACGACUGACCAUCAAGGAGGAGGAGACCAUCCACUGGACCACCACCGUGACCAGGUCCAGCAUGGACAACCAGCUCAGUGUUGCCAGCGUGGCUGAACCGGAGCUGGAGAACUGUUCUCCUGAGUCCAAGGCCCUACCACCACAGCAACCCAGCGCCGCGGGCCGCGCCAAUGGAUACGGUUCCGAAAAGAAGGAUCGACGUGAUGAGGAUGACACGCCCCCGGAGGCCAGCGGAAUUAUCAGCGUGGAAAGAGAUGAUGAGGAAAAUGCUAAAGCACACGUGGGCAAUGUGUCACCCUGCAGGGCUCCCACCCCGGGACCCAGGAGAUACAGGCCGAAGCAGGCCUCAUUGGAGAGCAUACACAUAUCAUCAGAAGACGAGAUCCAAGAGAGGACAGUGGGAUCGUACACCUACAGAGAGACGACUGAGAACGGAGAGAUGAAGGAAGAAUACUGCAUGGUUAGACAGUGCAGUAGCAGGCCAGUACCUAAACCAAGGAGGGUUGGCUCAAUGCAUAACAACAAUUACAGUAAGACUCAAUCCACUUUAAAAUCGGGGAUGGCUGAGAUCCUACAGAUCCGAAAUGGUGAGGAAGAAGUCAGAGAAAGGGUUAUGCACUUAUACGAGCAGCAGACCUGUCAGGACAAUAUCCUUGCCAACAGCCAGUUUACUGUCCAGGGUGUAUCCAUGUACGGGUGGAGGUAUGGGAGACCAGCCACUUCGGACACAACCCUCUUCUCUUCCAGUAAUGACCAUGAGCUGGAGCUAGGUAGACCUUCAACAACCUCAGAGUCCAUCAGUGUUUGUAGGGCUGACAUGUCUCUGUCAUCUGACUUUACCAUCCCUGCAUUUAAGGCUGAAAGAUUUCUCCAAAAUAACAGCGUACUAAAUGUACAGAUACCCCCUCUGUCCAAACCCACCAAAGACAAUGAGACCUCAGGGUGGGUUUCUAAAGCUAGCAAAAACAACUCCACCAAUAAAGGUAUGAAUAAAGUCAAGAGAUUUACCUCAAAGCUCAAAGUGAAGAACCAGGUUCUUAAGAGUAAAAACCCAGACAAAAGGCAUGAAGAGGAUAGAGCAGAUGUUAGUAAAAACAAUAAAAAAGUGAAAACUGGUGGUUUUAGAAGCAAUUCAUCCAUAAGGAAGAUUUAUGGACCAAAACUUAGUAAAAGUCUCAAUGUCCAAAAGAAAAUAAAAGGAAAGGAAAUCAAAUUAAAUACUGAAAACCCCAAAGAAUCAUUGGUGAAAAAACUAAAUGAUGAAAAAGAGAAUCAAUUUUCAUUACAGAAGAAUGUGUUACAUGUUACAUUUCCUACAGAAAUCCAGGUGAAGGGAACACUCAAAAGGCAGAGGUCCAUGCACGAAGAAAAAAGGAUUGAGAAAGAGGUUCAUAAUCUGAGCACAAGUAUGUCACUGCCUGCACUCUCAUCCUCCACUUCUAAUAUCACUGAAUAUGUGGAGAACUGGUUAGAGAAAGCCCUCCCAACUGUCUACCCAGAGCCAGUGGAGGACACUGGGUACCUUGAGACGCCAAGGUCUCAGGCUGAAACUGAGGGCGACGUUGUUCAAGAUGUGUCAGAAAUCAAUUGUGAAAUGGACAUUGAAGAAGAGAAGUCUUGUGUUUUAAAGCAAAAUAUGGAAAUAACAAGAAGUUCAUUUUGUGAAAAAAAUGAAUUAGCAAAUAGAACAUUUGCAAAUACUGCAACACAAACCAAUCUGACUUUGGAAAACACAACAUCUGACCUAUCAUUAAAGGCUCCACUACACAUUGAUGCUGCACAGAAAAAUCUGCCCCCAAAUCCCUCAGUGGAAAAGAUACUUAUCUCCAGUGGUCUUCCGGUCCAUCCUUCUGUUAUCUUAGCAGAAAAGCCAUCCAUAUGUGAAAAUCCUUCAUUGGAAAACCCAUCAAUACCAAUGAAUGUCUCAGUAGAGAAGACAUCAAUCAUAAAAGGUCUAUCAUCUGAAAAUAAAUCAGUACCAAAUAGCUCCUUAAUUGAGAAGAACCAAGUGUCAAACAAUCUCUCAUCUGAGAAAAUGGCAUUGCCUGCUACAACACAGACAGAGAAGUCACCACUUUCCAGCAAAGUCUUUAAUGUGACUUCUGUAGCUAGCAGUCCCUCGUAUUUUAUGUAUUCAACACCUAGUAGUCUAGGUGAUAAAGAACAACACUUAUCAAUAAGACCUUCAUCUGAUGAGGCUUCAACAGCCACUGGCCAUGUAUUUGAAAAGACAACAUUGUUCAACCACUCCACUCUGAUAGAACCACCAUUUCCUAAACAACUAAAAACUAAAAAGACACGAUUGGUCAGUAAUCUCUCCCUUGAAAAGCAGCUAUCCCUUAGAAAAGCCUCAGUGGAGAAAUCUUCAAUAUCCAGUGAUGCUACUGUGGAAAAUGCUUUGGUGGGUAUGACAUCAAUUUCCCACUGUCACUCAUCUGAGAAGACAUCUCUGCCAACUACAACCCAGAUAGAGAUGAAACCACCAUCCACCAAGGUCUUUGAUGUAGCUUCAUUAGCUAGUAGUCCCUCAUGUUUUAUGUCAGCAUCACCUACUAGUCUUACAUCAGAAGAAAGGCCUUUAUCAAUCUCCCCUUUAUCAGAGGAUGCUCCAACACCCACUGGCCAUAUACUGGAAAAAAAAACAUUGUUCAACCACUCGAUUCUGAAAGAACAAUCAUCACCUAAACGUCCAGUGAAGAAGACACGGUUGGUCAGUAAUCUCUCUCUAGAAAAGCAACUAUCACUAAGAAAAGAGUCAGUGGAGAAGUCUGCAUUAACCAGCAGUCCAACUUUGGUGAAGUCACCAAAUCCUGUUAAAACUUCAGAAGAACAAAUACUACAUAACAGCCCCCUUUUAGAAGAUACAUCACUAAUAAAUGAGUCUUCAAUACCUAAGGAUUACACUUUGGAAAAUAACAGAUUUCCACGCAGUCCUAGACAAGGAAGGACACCACUACCAAGAAAUCAUUCUUUGAAAAAAUUACAAAAUAUUUCACCUGAAAGAACAAUGAUACCCACAGCAUCAGCUUCCAGUUAUCUCUCUUCACAGACACCAGUACCUCAUAAACGUACAAUUAAAAAUAGACUCUUACCGUAUUCUCAGUCAUUGGAAAUAGUGUCACCACCAAUAAGUCUCAAAUCAAAAAAGGAGUCAAUAUCUAGAAAUCACUCUCUGGAAAGCAAACCAACACCGGUAAGUCCCACUUGGAAGAGGAUACCAUUACCAAGAAAAAGCAGGCAAACACCAUUAAUGCCGAAGUCAAUGCCAAUACACCUUGAUUCCUCUACAGAAAAUACAGCAAUACUUUCUGGUUCCGCUUCAGUGACUCAUGAAGAAAAAAAUGAUAAUAAGAUGGGUAAUUCAACUCAUGGAGACAAAGCAAAGAUCACUGCAGAAUGGCUCUUAACAAAAAAACCUAUGCCAUCACACAGAGACAAACUGCCUUCCCAGCCAGACAUGAAACCAAUACUUGAGAAGCUCUGUUUCUCAAUUCAGUCAAUUAGACAAAUCACAAACAACAAUCGUCCAUCUUGUCUAGAAAAGUCAAACAGCUUGCCUGAUUUCUCUUCCCAUGUGGCCUCUACAUUUGGGUCCUCCUCCAAAGCGCUCCUGGCCUUUUUGUCUGUUAUUACCUUAAAAGAAAGCUUUUCUGACUGGAACAUACCUGAAUUACAUGGAAACGGUGUAAGCUGUGCUGAGGCUUUAAAAAUGAUGGAGUCUCUGAGAGAAAUUGCCAGUAUAGAGGAUGCAGAGGAGUUAAAGCAUAGUCUGUCAGAAUUGCAAAAGUCUACUUCAACUCAACUACUGCGAAGUUGGAAGUGUUUCCAGGACCUUAACAACAAAGUCAGAAGUCGCAGCUCAACACCAAACAGUUCAGAGCAAAAUUGCUUAUUUAGGACAUGCCCAGUGGAUGCCACUCACAUAGAACAAAAUACAUUGGGUGUUGAUGAGUUAAUAAAUGAGAUUGAUAUGCCUGAAAAGCUCAAAGAAGUAUUGGCAGCCCUUCCACCAGGGGUGAGCAAACAAAUAGAGGUGGAUCAAAUAGAAACGUCUAAACAAUCUAAUGAAAAAGCACAGUCUUCCUCAGAGGAAAGUGUAAAUGCCAAUUCACCUGCAGUCCGUAAGGUAGAGGUUGGCAUUGAAAACAUUGUAAAUAAUGAGGCGAAUGUGGAUGUUAAAUCCAUCAUUAAAAGAUUAACAAAUAUUCAUCAUCCUAAAGAGGUGGCAAAAAACAAAAUGUCUCAAAUCAUGGAGAGCCCAACCAGUACACAAGAUCACUGCUUCUUUUUAGAAGAGCAAAGCUUGAAAGGAGAUUAUAUUUGUCACAGAAACUGCCAGGCAGAGAAUAAGGACAUUUCUGAAACUGUUUUGGAAAACUGGGAAGAAUCAGAGGCUAAAUGUAGAGACAAACAGAUUGACCAGAAUAAAGAACAGACAUCCUCAGAGAUAGAGCACACUUACAGUUUAGCAUUGCAUGAUGGCUAUUUGAACAAGCCAACCUGUUCUGUGGAGACUAAAGACAAGGAUGGGAUACUAUCAAGCUUUCUGGAAGAAAAUCUAAAGGAAAAGCAGAAAUAUUACAUUGAACAUGUGGAGCAGGAGGUCAAAUGUAUGGAGGUGCAGGUUGGCAGUGAUGCAGAGACAACUGCACAAGACCAGGCUAGCUCAGAGGAGGAUCUGAAGUUACACAAUGCAAAGCAAACAAACCAGUAUAAGAAGCCAACUGCUAAAUGUGCUGUGUUGAAGGUUAGCAGUGAGGAGGAAGAAUGCUUAUUGGAAAAGCCUGAAUACUACAUUGAGAACUCUUAUUUGAGGGUGAGUAAAUGUGGGGAGGUUCAACUUAGUAAUGAUGAUAUAGAUUCUUCUGCUGACCAGGCCAGCCCAAAACACCAUGAGGAGCCAGGGGUUAGAUGUGUUGAGUUGAUAGACAGUGAGAAGGAAUGCUUUGCGAGGGAGCAGAAAUACAACAUUGAAAACCUGCCUUGUCAAGAGGAGCGUGAGGUAAAAUCUAUGGAGCUGCAGCUCAGUUGUAAAGGAAGCUUAAAAGAAGACCAGGUUUGCGCAGAAAUGGAGGAAUGUCUUGUUAAGGACCCACUGAGUAAUGUGGUGUCAGAAAAACAUAUGGAAGAGGAAUGCUUAGAGGAAGUACAGCAAUGCCACAUAGGGAAUCACUCAAACUGUAUGGGGUUGCUGGAUAGCUAUGAGGUAGGACAGUCCAGCACUGAGGAGCAGGCUAGCUCUGAGGGAAAACCUGAGCGCCACACAAAGGAUCAGCCAAGCCAUAGGGAGCCAGAAGAACUGCAAGGCGUCAGAAAAGAAGAGAGGUCCACUCCUAAAGACGACCAGGCUAGUUCAGAAGAAGAGCUGGAAGGUUGUGUCAUGAGCCAAUUGGACCAUAAAAAGGUUAAACGUGUGGAUACAAAUGUCAGGAGUGAGGAUAGCAUGUCAAGCACCGAAAAAGAGCAAGCUAGCUCAGACGAAGUGCUUGAAUGUCACAAAAACAAUUAUCCAAGUCAUGAGAGGGGGGUUAAAUAUACAGAGAUGCAAGUUGGCAGAGAGGAAACAGAGUACACCAAUGAAGAAGAUGAGGCUAGCUUCAAGGAAGAAGAGGAAAGCCAUGCUGUCUACUUGAGCUAUGCAGAUGCAGACAUCAAGGUGGAGAGUGAGCAGACUCAUUUAUGGAUAAAGCAGACUUCACAAAUAGAGUCUACUGUCAUAGAAAUGCUGCCUAGCUUGGUCAAACCACAUUCAAGUGCUGACUGGGUAGAUAAGGAUAGUGGGAAGGACAGCGAGCAGAAUGCUAGCUUUGAACAACUUUCUGAUAUUGAGGGUAAUCGUUGUAGCUCAAAGGAGCAGCAAGUAAACUAUGGAGAGAAGCUGUCUAGCUCAGAGGAAGAACAUUUCAGCCUAGAUUAUGAGCCAUACCCUGAAGAGGAGAGAUUUGGUGAGUAUCAUGAAAUCUUAAUAGAGGAGGAAGAACCUUCUGAGGAGGAAGAGCCUUCUGAGGAGGAUGAGAAUUAUGAAAAGUCUGAAGCAAAAUCCAUCAGUCAUUUUGAGGAAGCAUUACCUUCUGUAGCAGAGCGUGUUAACCUACUCGCUAAGAAAAUUGCUAAUGUAGAGGAACGACAAAUCAAAAAUACAGAGAAAACUGGCAUGAAAAUGUUUGCCCAAAUAGAGGUUCCUGCUGUCUCAGAUGGUGAUGACUUAACAAACCUAUCCCACCUAUCUAAUAAACAAGCCGAGCUUGACAAUUUCAAUGAGGGCGCGUCAGAUGUGCUCACAUCCUAUCAUGUGAUGAAGGAUGUCAACAAGCAAGACAACAUUCCUUUGAACACUUGUUGUAAAAGGACAAGGUGGCCUGUAAAUACAUCAGAGACUGUAGCGCCAUCUCUGCCAGCUCUACCAUCCUCAUUGGCAUUUAGCUAUGAUGGCUGUAUAACUCAUGAGUCUGAGGGAAAUAGAGUCAAGUCAAUAAAAGAAAUGUUCAUGGCAAAAAGUGUUGUGGACCUUCAAUAUGGACAAACAAGUCUACCCAGGACAAAAGAUUCAGAUCUGUCUUACAAUAGACCAGGUUCUUCUGACAGUGGUGCUCAUCAAUUGCCAACACCUACAAACAUUUCUGGUAGUGAGGAUGAUUCAGUAAAGAAAUCCAUCACCAAAGGCUUUGUCAGGAGAACAAUUGAAAGCCUUUAUGGGAAAAGGGAUACAAAAAACUCUGCAAGUGAAAGUCAGCGCAUGACUCUCCCAAAGUCCAGAGAAUUCAUUGGUAAGGUCAGCCUCUCCCCAUUUCAUAAUGCACAGAGCAAAGUGGUAUCCGAUGUAUCAUACUUCAAUGCCACCAGCUCUUUUGUCACAUACACAGAGCCAACACGGUGUAUCGCCUUCAACGCAAAGGUCGGGCCCGGAGACUCUGUCCCGAUAGAUAAAAACCGGUGGCUCCUUAGAGAGAGCGUGAUCAGGAAGUCUGUCUCCGAGCCUAUCGAUAUCAACAAGAACACAUCGGCAUCGACUGAAGAUUUGCGCAAAGACACAAAAGAAGACAUCCCUUACUCACUUUUCGGCCAAGCUGAUUUGGAGAACACAGUGAAGUCUGUGAUGCCUUUGGUGCCGAAGUGCACGUAUUUCAACCUGCCUCAUGGCUGCGACUCUGACCCACACCAGGAUGACUUGAGCAAGGACAGUGACAAAGAAGACGUCUCAAAGAAGAGUGUCAUCGAGGUAGAGGAACCCAAACUAAGGUCAGAGAAGAAUGGAACGUUACCAGCUUUUGCCCCUACUGACUUCACCAAAUCAGAUAAUAAAGUGCAUCCCUUAAUCGAAUGCCCCGGAGAGGGAAAGGUUAUCUUGGUACAGCCUGGCAAAGGUCAAAACGAAGUCAAGAAAAUUCCAAAGGAGCCAGAUGCGCUGGAGAUGCUGUACUUCUCCUGUGGUCAGCAUUGCCCAAUCCUUUGAGUAACAUACCGAUAGGCUCUCGGCCAAUGGAAAUUUUGUCUUACUGAAGUACAAGGCAAGGUACUUUGAGAUAUCAUAUAUUUCUUCGAGAUAGAUAUGUUUUCAGUUUUUCCUGGGGAAUACAUUUGAUAAGGACUACUUUGUGCCUGAACUAAUGUCUGCUAUGGCAUAUAAUGCAUGAAAUUGUAGCACAUUGUAAUUUAUUGUAAAUAAACUAGAAUUACAUUAUACAAUAACUUUGGUGGACUACACAUUGGUAAUUGGUUAAACUUUAAUCACUUCGCUUUUUAUAUAAUGUGAAAUGUGUAUUUAAAAAAUGAAUAAUUCUGUACUAUGUGAAAUGCCAUGUUCAACUUUUAAUAUUAUUAAUGACUUUGUAAAUAUUUCAACUGAACAUGUUUUUUUACAGAAACAUAUUGGCUAUGUAUUUUUCUGUGUUCUGUGUUUUCCACCCUUUGAGCAGCUAGGUGGCCUGUACUAAGAACGAACAUCUUGUGUGUAACUGUAAUCUUGUUUAAAAGGCUUUGAACAGAUCAGGUUCUCAGUCAUGCAACAGGGGAAAUUUCUUUCACUCUCAUCCUAACUUGCUUUCACAAGCUACACGGUCAAGCCUGUGUAAUGUGUGUACCUUGUGAGUGCUUUUAAUUUACUGAAAUUAGCAAAUGAAUUGGUUUCAAGGCACAUGGUUAGUUAUUCACAGGAUGUAAAAAUAUGUUAUCAGUACAUAAUAUUGUAUUCAAUACUUACACUCAUUUAUAAUGUGUACCCAUCUAUUACUGGGUCAGACCCCUUUGCCUCCAGACUUUGAGUGCUGAUUCUACAAGGUAUCACAUAGUUGAUGCAAUCAUGCUGUGAACAGACUGUUCCACGGAUUCAGAUCUGAGUACAGCCACUCAAGUUUACUAAACAGGGAUUUGUUGGACCACUUAAUAAGUAGGCCACUGGUAUUGAUGUUUGUUUUUAGCCGAUUAGGAGUGUAACCUGGUGUAAUUGUCUGACAAGGACCAAUAGAUUGCACUCCAAUAGAACUGCACCUUAAUUUGCCUGUUUAUGGCCUGCCUGUUAACUUGCUGUCAUCAACAGGCUCUGUGAAAUGUGUGUGAAAAGCCCAAAUAGGCGGCCAAAACUACUGUGCAAAUAAUGAAAUGCCUAUAUGCCCACCUACCCGCUUCAUUAAUCAAGCCAGUCUUUGUAUUGUUUGUUAGAGGGGUCAAUUUUGUAAACAGGAUGGUAUAACUAUUAAAUUGGCCAGAGAGUACAUGCAUUUUUCUUGCAUCAUUACAGAAGGCAGUGACUACCUAAAGCAAAUAGUUAAGUAAUAAAGCAUACACUAUGCAUCUACAAAUAUAAUAGACAUAAUAAAUAUUGUUUAGAAUUUUAUACAUAUCAACCUUUAACUACUCCUUUUAGAAUUUCUGGCAGCUGUAAAUUGUCGUAUUGAAUGUUACUUAACUUCAU